UUGUGUUUUGAUCUUUUAUAUUCUUCUUCAUAUCACAGUCUUGAUGCUAUUACCCUAACUUAAUCUUUAUUUGAGGUUACAAAAUGGUCUCUGUAAUCCCCCAAGUCCAUGUUUCUGUACCGUUUCAACAACAAUGGAAUGUUCUUUCCAAACUUCACUCUUACUCUUCAUCACUGUAUCAUACUUUGUAGUAACAGAAUCCAUUAAACCUAACCGAAUGGCGAUGAAGCUGAUACACCGUGAAUCAGUGGCCCGUCUCAACCCAAAUGCUCGAGUUCCGAUCACUCCAGAAGACCAUAUCAAACACCUGACAGAUAUUUCAUCAGCCCGGUUUAAGUAUCUACAGAAUUCGAUUGACAAAGAGCUAGGCAGCAGCAAUUUCCAAGUUGAUGUGGAACAAGCAAUCAAAACAUCAUUGUUUCUUGUGAAUUUCUCCGUAGGACAGCCACCGGUGCCGCAGUUAACUAUCAUGGAUACUGGAAGCUCACUUUUAUGGAUCCAAUGUCAACCCUGCAAACACUGCUCAUCAGAUCAUAUGAUCCAUCCUGUCUUCAAUCCAGCAUUGUCUUCAACAUUUGUAGAGUGUUCCUGCGAUGAUCGUUUUUGCAGGUAUGCACCAAACGGACAUUGCGGCUCAUCAAACAAGUGUGUUUACGAACAAGUGUAUAUAAGCGGCACUGGGUCAAAAGGCGUUCUAGCUAAAGAACGGUUAACCUUCACAACACCUAACGGUAACACUGUUGUGACCCAACCUAUUGCUUUUGGGUGUGGCUACGAGAAUGGAGAGCAGUUGGAAAGUCAUUUCACUGGUAUUUUGGGGUUAGGAGCCAAACCCACAUCACUUGCCGUACAGCUUGGGUCUAAAUUCUCUUACUGCAUUGGUGAUUUAGCUAACAAAAACUACGGUUACAAUCAGCUGGUUCUGGGAGAGGACGCGGAUAUUCUCGGCGAUCCAACACCCAUUGAAUUUGAGACAGAGAAUAGUAUCUACUAUAUGAAUCUAGAAGGGAUUAGUGUUGGGGAUACACAACUCAAUAUCGAACCAGUGGUAUUCAAAAGAAGAGGACCAAGAACAGGGGUCAUACUAGACUCGGGCACACUCUACACUUGGCUAGCAGAUAUAGCCUACAGAGAACUCUACAAUGAAAUAAAAUCCAUUCUGGAUCCAAAAUUAGAGAGAUUCUGGUUUAGAGACUUCUUGUGCUACCAUGGGAGAGUGAGCGAAGAGCUCAUAGGCUUCCCUGUGGUGACAUUUCAUUUUGCAGGCGGAGCUGAGCUGGCUAUGGAGGCCACAAGCAUGUUUUAUCCAUUAUCAGAACCGAAUACGUUUAACGUCUUUUGUAUGUCAGUGAAGCCAACCAAAGAACAUGGAGGGGAAUAUAAGGAAUUCACAGCUAUAGGGCUAAUGGCUCAACAAUACUAUAAUAUUGGUUACGACCUCAAAGAAAAAAACAUCUAUCUCCAGAGAAUCGACUGUGUUCAACUCGAUGACUAUUCCCCAUCAAAGUAA